AUGUCUGCUACUGCUACCACCACUACAACCUCCCAAUUGCAAUUGAACUCCACUUCAAUUGAACACGCUUUGUCUGAUGUUGUCAAGACCGAUGACUGGAGUGACUUCCAAUUCAGACCAAUUAGAGAAUCCACUGUCUCUAGAGCCAUGACCUCUCGUUACUUCAAGGACUUGGACAAGUUUGCCGUCUCUGAUGUUGUUAUUAUCGGUUGUGGUUCCUCCGGUCUAUCAGCCGCCUAUGUCAUUGCUAAAAACAGACCAGACCUAAAAAUCGCCAUUCUAGAGGCCAAUGUCGCCCCAGGUGGUGGUGCUUGGUUGGGUGGCCAAUUAUUCAGCGCCAUGAUCAUGAGAAAGCCAGCUGACUUGUUCCUAAAGGAAUUGGAAAUUCCUUAUGAAGAUGAAGGUGACUACGUAGUUGUCAAGCACGCCGCUUUGUUCACCUCUACUGUCUUGUCCAAGGUUCUACAAUUCCCAAAUGUUAAGUUGUUUAACGCCACUGCUGUCGAAGACUUAGUUACAAGACCAGCUGGUCCAAACGGUGAAGUUAGUGUCGCCGGUGUCGUUACAAACUGGACUUUGGUCACCAUGGCUCACGACUUACAAAGUUGUAUGGAUCCAAACGUCAUCGAAUUGUCUGGUUACAAGGAAGAUGGUACCCGUGACCCAUCAAAGAAGCAUGGUGUUGUCUUAUCCACCACUGGUCAUGACGGUCCAUUCGGUGCUUUCUCAGCUAAGAGAAUUGUUUCCAUUGACAAGAACAAGAAAUUGGCUGGUAUGAAAGGUCUGGACAUGAACAAUGCCGAAGCAGGUGUUGUUAAGAACUCUGGUUCUUACAAUGGUGUUGGCUCUAUGUACUUUGCUGGUAUGGAAGUUGCCGAGCUGGAAGGCUGCAACAGAAUGGGACCAACCUUCGGUGCUAUGGCUGUUUCCGGUAUCAAAGCUGGUGAAGAAAUCUUGAAGCACUUCGCUGAGUAA